AUGUUUGCUCGAUCUGCCUUUCGCGCGGCUCAGCCGCUGAGAAUGCACGCUCGCCGCUUCGCGACCGAGACUGGCCCUUCGGCCGCGCAACAGGCCGCGAAACCCGCCGCUGCCGCGCCCCCUCCUCCUCCGACACCCAGCGGCGGCAGCGGCGGCGGUAGCAACGCCGCCGUCUACGUUCUCGGCGCAGCGGCCCUCGGCGGCGGCGGCUACUACUACUACAGCACAUCUGCCUCGCAGGGCGCCGGUGCCGGGGUCUCCAAGCAGCCCGCCAAGCCCGCCUUUGUCGGCGGCGACCAGGGCUUCCUGUCGCUGAAGCUGUCCGAGGUCGUCGACGUCAACCACAACACGAAGCGCUUCCGCUUCGAGCUUCCCGAAAAGGAUAUGGUUCCCGGUCUUCCCAUUGCGAGCGCUGUGCUGGCCAAGUACAAGGGCGAGGGUGACGCGAAGGCGACCCUGCGUCCCUACACCCCCAUCAACGAUGAGAAUGAGCCCGGCUACGUCGAGCUCCUCGUCAAGCAGUAUCCCGGCGGCCCCAUGAGCACCCACAUCCACAACCUGCAGCCCGGUCAGACACUCGACAUCAAGGGUCCGCUGCCCAAGUACGCCUGGGCUGAGAACAAGCACGACCACAUUGGCCUCAUUGCCGGCGGCACCGGCAUCACCCCCAUGUUCCAGCUCGCCCGCGGCAUCUUUCAAAACGCAAACGACAAGACAAAGGUCACCAUGGUCUUUGGCAACGUCAGCAAGGAGGACAUCUUGCUGAAGAAGGAGCUCGAGGAGCUCGAGAACACGUACCCGCAGCGCUUCCGCGCCUUUUACGUGCUCGACAAGGCGCCUGAGGAGUGGCGGGGCAGCACGGGCUUCAUCAGCAAGGAGCUGCUCAAGACGGUGCUCCCGGAGCCUAAGAGCGAGAAUAUCAAGAUUUUCGUCUGCGGCCCGCCGGGGCUCAUGAAGGCCAUUUCGGGUAACAAGGUCAGCCCCCAGGAUCAGGGCGAGCUGUCGGGCGCUCUGCAGGAGCUGGGCUACAACAAGGACCAGGUCUACAAGUUUUGA